AUGGUUAGCGGUCCUUCAGCCUACCCGCUGCUCUUUGCAAAGCGGACGCGCAUGAAUCAGGAUGUUGUCACCUGGUUUGCCAUCAUUCUGAGCUCACUCAUGGGAGUCUUCAUCGUCUUUCAUCUGAGCCGCCUCUUCGCCCAAAAGACUGGCCUGGCCUCCAAGCUCUCAGGUGCCACAAAGCCUUUUGUCUUUGUGUCCAGAAUUGUCCGCAGAUACUCUGUGCUCAAGUUCCCUGCCCUCCCUUCCACCGGCCACGCUGUCAUCGCUCUUCUCUACAUCGUGGUCAACGUCGUCCUUCUCCUAACGUACCUCGACGAUUCGCUUCUUCCCUACAUCACUGUUGUUGCUGCUCGCGCCGGAUGGCUUGCCAUUGCGAACAUCGUCUUCGUCAUUUUCCUGAGCCUCAAGAACACUCCUCUCGGAUAUCUGACGGCCUGGUCUUACGAGCGUCUCAAUGUCCUCCACCAGAUUGCCGGAUACGUCACGAUGGCCCUCAUCAUCGUACACGGCGCUACCUAUUCUUCGUACUUUAUUGAAGCAAACAACGCUGCCCGUCUCCGUGUCCACGAGGAGAUCUACGGUAUCGCCUCCGGCUUCACCUUCCUCACUCUUGUCGUGGCUGGCGCGGUUGUCCGCUUCUGGUCGUACGAACUGUUCUACGUCAUCCACGUUUCCUUCUUCGCCAUUUCGAUGGUGCUCGUGGGCCUUCACCAGCCCGAGAUGACAAAGAAGAUCAUCAUCGCCACGGCACUUGGCUCGGCGCUCUGGCUUAGCGACCGCAUCUUGCGAUUUUUCCGAGUUGCUUAUUACAGCAUCAACAACACUGCCACCGUCUACCCUCUGCCUCAUGGCGGCACCCGCGUCGUCCUGAAUAAGGCACCUAUCAUGGCAAACUCCGGCGAGCACUGCUUCCUGUGGAUUCCCAAGAUUCGCGCGUUCGAGAUGCACCCGUUUACUAUCGCCAACAUGGAUCCCCUCGAGUUCGUUAUCAACUCCUACGAUGGUUUCACUCGUGAUCUCCACAGGUAUGCGACGAGCAACCCUGGUGCAACAGUCAAGGCAUCAGUCGAAGGCUCCUAUGGAAGAUUCCCCAACCCGGCCGAAUACGACAAGAUUGUCUUGGUUGCUGGUGGCAGUGGCGCGAGCUUCACCUUCGGAAUGGCUCUGAACCUCCUCAAAAGAAUCGGUGAUGGAGCCCAGAAGAGCAUUGUGUUCGUCUGGAUGGUGAAGGAUCCUGCCCGUUUCGAAUGGUUUUCGGAGUCCCUUGCCACCAUUAACCGCGCGCUCAACUCUUCCAUCCAGCUUUACGUCACCCGCAGCCCCGGUUCCCAUGGCUCGUCGCAAGAGGACAUGGUUCAAACUGACAGAUCGCGGUCCGGCACUAUCUCCUCUGACGCUUCCACACCCUUCACGCCUGCGACCGAGAAGUUCGACGAGGCCGCACACGCUCCCCGACAGCCAUCGAAGGUUCUUACUCGUACCGUUUCAGACCCCGAGAAAUCCGGCAACGAGUCGGACCUCACAACACCGACUUCUCCGAUUCAGCAAGCCACCGUCGGCUCUCAUAUCAACAAUAUCCCCAUCCACUACGGCCGGCCCGACGUCUCCAAGAUCAUCACCAAAGCCAUCGAAGAGGCCCCUGCGAACCAGCGCGUGCUCGUCAUGGGCUGUGGCCCAGCGACUUUGAUGACUCAGGUCCGCAACACCACCGCCUCCCACAUUCGCACCUCCGGUCCUGCCGUAGAGCUGCACUGCGAGCAAUUUGGAUGGUGA